UAAAACUCGAGGAACCAGAAACCUGGAGAAUAAAACACAAGGAACAGGGAGGCCUGAUGAAAAUGAAAGAAGAAAGACGAGAUCUGAAAGCGGUGGAUGAGAAAUAUCAGGAUCAGGAAUAUCAUGAUGUCAAUGAAGAAAAAUCUGUGAGUUGCAGCAUUAAAACAACAGAAGUCAAGAGGCCUUUCAGCUGCUCUCAGUGUGGAAAGAGUUUUACACAGAAAGCACACCUUAAGAAGCAUUUGUUAUCUCACACUUCAGAAAAAUCUUUCGGCUGCUCUCAGUGUGGAAACACUUUCUCAUGUAAAGCAAGCCUUAAUAGGCACAUGUUAAUUCAUACUGGAAUAAAGCCUUUCAGCUGCUCUCAGUGUGGAAAGGGUUUUACACAGAAAGUACACCUUAAUAAGCAUUUGGUAUCUCACACUUCAGAAAAGCCUUUCAGCUGCUCUCAGUGUGGAAACACUUUCACAUGUAACAGAAAUCUUAAGAAUCACAUGUUAAUUCAUGCUGGGAUAAAGCCUUUCAGCUGCUCUCAGUGUGGAAAGAGUUUUACACGGAAAGGACAACUUAAGAAUCAUUUGGUAUCUCACACUUCAGAAAAACCUUUCAGCUGCUCUCAGUGUGGAAAAUCUUAUACACGAAAAACAACCCUUAAGGAUCACAUGUUAAUUCAUGCUGGGAUAAAGCCUUUCUCCUGCGCUCAGUGUGGAAACACUUUCAUUUGUAAAACAAGCCUUGAGCAUCACAUGUUUAGUCAUACUGGGAUAAAGCCUUUCUCCUGCUCUCAGUGUGGAAAGAGUUUUACACUGAAAAAAUGCCUUAAGAUGCACAUGUUAAUUCAUAGUGGGAAAAAGUCUUUCUCCUGCUCUCAGUGUGGAGAGUGUUUUAGAAGUAAAUCAUGCCUUAAUAGGCACAUGUUAAUUCAUGCUGGGAUAAAGCCUUUCAGUUGCUCUCAGUGUGGAAAGAAUUUCACAAGUAACAGAAAUCUUGAGAUGCACAUGUUAAUUCAUGCUGAAAUAAAGCCUUUCAGCUGCUCUCAGUGUGAAAAGAGUUUUACACGGAAAGGACAACUUAAGGAUCAUUUGGUAACACAUUCUUCAGAAAAACCUUUCUCCUGCUCUCAGUGUGGAAAGAGUUUUACAUAUAAAUCAUCCCUUGGCAAUCACAUGUUUAUUCAUGCUGUGAUAAAGCCUUUCUCCUGCUCUCAGUGUGGAAAGGGUUUUAGACUGAAAGGACAACUUAAGAUUCAUUUGGUAACUCACGCUUCAUAAAAGCCUUUUAUCUGCUUUCAGUGUGGAAGGUCUGUGUCACAUAGAGGAUACCUUGAGAAUCACAUGUUUAAAGUGGUCAUUGAAUGCCCAUUUUCCACAAGUUUUAUGAUUCUUUAGGGUCUUAAAGGGGUCAUAUGAUGCGAUUUUACAAUAUCUACAUAAUUUACAAUUUUAAAUUUCUCUUGAUGCAUAUUUAAGACCUGUUGAGUUGCUAAGACUAAAGUCGCAAAUCCAAAUAAAUAUCCAUUGUAAAAGUUAAGGGUCAACCACACUUCCCUAAAUCGUCUCGUUCUACCAUGCCGUCACAUCUCUACAUCACUAUGUGGGAAGAAUUGUGUAACACCGACCAAAAGGUUCACGUAAAGAUAGAAGGCAUUACUUUUAUUCUGUCUGUUGCCGCAGGUGCCAUGUUGUGGAGUCGCUGUGAGUUUUGUUGAAGUGAAACUUUGUUCGGCCUUCCAAAAUAGGACUUGACUAGAAAUCAGUGGUUAAGUUGUAUUUCAACACUGUUCCAGAACAGUCCAACCCAGAUAUUCUGUGCAUUUUAUGGAGGAUGAGGCCUGUUUACUGAACCAGUAGAGUAGGCUUGUUGGGUGUUGUUUCUCAGAUCACCAAUGCAAACAGGGUUUUAUUUUUACGCAGUGUGAUACGCAGCGUGUAAAAAAACAUUAUAAGUCAUUAUAAUUAGUAAUUAUGUCCCACAUGAUUCAACAAAUGCCUCGUUGGUAAUGUGUUUUAUUUUAUUUUAUUUGUUUUGUCUCGUCUAGUUAAUUAGCGCUGGCUAAUUGGGGCAAGGAUUCUUCUCUGUGCCAAUCACAACAGGUGUGGCUAGCUGACCAAUCAGUGAAGUGAAGCUUGUGGAAGGGAGGGGUUUGCUCCCAACUUGCUUGGAACAAAUUGUUUAGAAUUAAUUGGCAAAUGACUCCUAUAUACUAUAUACUAUUUAAUGUAUAUUUUGGGAAAAUUACAA